CACAGAGAAAACUGUCAUUGGACGAUCUGUUGUCUUAUAUAAUUUAUUCGUCCAGCUUCCACUACAUAAGAAGUAGCUUGACUAAUCUGAGUCGCAUUUGCCUUGCAAAAGUCCUUUACUUCAGAUAGCAAGCAACCAUGGUAGGUUGGGGUUACGAAAAAGAGAAUGGUCCCGCACACUGGCACAAAGAUUGUCCGAUAGCUAAUGGUAAGAAUCAAUCGCCGAUCGAUUUAAUCACCGGUGAAGCGAAGUACGACUCUGGUCUGAAGCCCUUGACUGCGAAGUAUACUCCGUUUAGUGACGCUAAGUUUUUGAACAACGGCCAUUCCGUGCAGUUCCAACCGAGUCCUGGAAAUCCAUCAGAACUAACUGGAGGAAUGUUGACUGCAAAGUACAACUUUGAGCAAUUUCAUUUUCACUGGGGUGGCAAUGACGCCGAGGGCUCAGAACACAGAGUAGAUGGAAAGAUGUACCCAGCCGAGUUACAUUUUGUUCACUGGAAUUCAACUUGUCCCAGUUUCAAGGAUGCUGUUGGCUCUGGCGGCCCAAAUGGUUUAUGUGUGUUAGGAUUCUUCUUGAAGGUUGGAGCAGAAAAUGCAGCCCUGAAACCAAUCAUAGACUUACUUCCUCAAGUGAAAGAUCCUGGAACCUCUGUCACAGUGCCUGGGAAGUAUGAUAUGCAGGCUAUUUUGCCAGCAACCCUCACAGAUUAUUAUACCUACGAUGGUUCCCUUACCACUCCCCCUCUGGCUGAAUGCGUCAAAUGGAUUGUAUUUAAGAAACCUCUUGAAGUGUCUAAAGCCCAGAUGGAAGCAUUCAGAUCCGUGAUGAAUCGUGAUGGAAAGCCAAUGGUUGGAAAUUAUCGCCCACCUUGUCCCUUACAUGAGCGUGCAGUCAAGACUUCUUUUAAGUAAAAGACCCAGCCUAGCUGGGCAGUGUGUCUGAGUGCUAAGAGUAUUAAUGUAAUAAUGUAGGAAUAGUUUUUGGGAAUCCAUGACAUUCAUUAGCACAAAUGGGUCAAAGGAUGACAUUUUCUUUUUUUCUUAGCAUUCCAUGAAAUACAUAUAUUAUUCUGUAGUGCAGUUAAUUUUCAUUGAAAAACUCAAAUACAUAGGCUGUUGUAGGAAUUCCAAACUGCAUGUUAAACUGUGCUUAUUUUUUUGUUUUUGGCUUGGACUAGACUAAUUUAUUAGUGUGAGUGAUUUAUUUAUAGUGCAGGAACAAAUAAAGCCAUUGUUUGAAAUAA